AUGCAGCGGGUAAGAGACGAAGGAAGCCGUUACUGUCCAAAGGCAGAGCUGGAUGAAGUUGGCUACGCGCCAUUCUCAUUUUAUCUACAAAACAUUAUCGUUGCUGUGAUGGUGGGGGUACGGAGAAUGUCUCAAAGCGAUCAAUCGCAAGUCUCAAAUGAAAGGGUGACUCUUAUAGAAGUGGAUGCUGAGGGGUUUCAGGCGAGUAAGGGCGUUGAAGCGGGGCAAGCCAGAAUAUCGCAUAGGACAAACGAAAAUGAUGAUAACCAAAAGUUCAUUGCUUCUUCUUUUGCUGCAUCUGUCUCUUCUUCGGCCAAGCAGGCUGUUCCAGUGGAUCUUUAA